UGUUAUCUUCCGGUAACCUAAAAUUCUCGUUUGUAGAUGAAUAGCCGACAAAUAAAGAGAAAUAAAUACUUCAUCAAAAAUACCAGCUGGUGGUUUAGGAUCAUCUGGAAAAGAAUACCAGUUUUUGACAUUAUUUUAAGUUUUUUUUUGUACAAUUCACCUCAUUAUAUUCACACAAUGUUAGAUUGUGAUUUAUUAAAUCAACUUCGCUUAAGACGCCUAAUGUUCCCCAAACGGGAGGAUUUAAUACAGAAAAAUCUUUUGCCUUUGAAAGAAAAUAAUUUUAAGAAGGAAAUUGCUCAUUCAAAAUAUGAACAAAAUUGCCAAGGUAGAAGCCCAUUAUUGAGGGAUUUUCAUAAUAAAAUACCUAUUUCUGAGAGGUUAGGUAUCAGUGCAAAGAAAAGAGUUCCUAUAUUAGGAACUAACACUAAAAUGAUAAUGCCCAGAAGAAAUCGUCGUUCAAAUCCACGUAGAAAUCGAAAACAGUUGUCUCUGAACCAGGUUGUGAAUAAUAUGAGAUAUAAACAAAAUAAUUUGGACAAUAUUUGUUCCUAUAAGAUACAGGUUUUCAAUGAUCAGGCAGAAUUAAACUCCAAUACCUUUCAAAGGUUUCAGUUAAAAUUGGAUCCUAUGAUUCAAGCGGAAAUCAGGCAUAUUCAAAAUGCCAAUCCAAGACAGAUUUUUCAUGGACUAUAUCCUAUUCAGCCAGUAGCCACUGAUAUUCAUAUGAAUUAUAGAUUCACGAAUUUGACAUGAUUACCUCACUAUUAUUUUUGUUGAAAUUUAAAAUUUUAAGUUUUUUAGUUCGUUUUUUUUUCUGUUUUUCAAAGAAUAAUUUUUUCGUUUAUAUUUCAUAUCUGUGAUAAUCUUUACAAUUAAAUUUUAUUUUAAUCAA